UCUUGACUUUUCAACAUUCACAUCAUCUUUGAAAAAUUAAAAUUAAUUAAAAAACUUAUCCAAUUAUUUGCCAUCUCUCCAAUCACUAUAAUCAACAAUCCUACAACUCCCUAAUCUCCAUCCUCUUUAUAACCCACUUCACCUUCAUCCAUCCUUCCAUCCGCCACUACCUUCAAGCUUCCAACAAUGGCUUCCUUCUCCUUCCACCAUUUCUUAUUCUCUCUCUUACUCCUCCACCUUCUCUCCACCACUUCUUCUGCCGCAUCCUUCCGCCCAAAAGCACUAGUCCUCCCAAUCUCAAGAGACUCCUCCACCCAUCAAUACACCAUCAAACUCACCCAAAGAACUCCCCCCAUCCCAAUCCCCUUAACCCUCCACCUCGGCGGCCCAUUCUUAUGGGUCGACUGUGACAAAAACUACAUCUCAACCACCUACCGUCCUGCUCGCUGUAACUCCGCUCAAUGCUCGUUAGCCAAUUCUAAAUCAUGUGGCACCUGCAAUUCACCCAAAAGACCCGGUUGUAAUAACAAUACCUGCGGACUCUUCCCGGAAAAUCCCUUCACAAACACCGCUACCGGCGGCGAACUCGCUUCAGAUCUUGUCCAAAUUACCUCCACAGACGGGUCUAACCCGACCCAAAUCGUAUCCGUACCCAAGUUCUUAUUCUCUUGUGCACCCACUUCCUUACUCAAUGGCCUAGCAAAAUCAGUUCAAGGUAUUGCGGGUCUUGGACGGACUAAGAUUUCACCCCCUUCACAAUUCUCCUCUGCUUUCAGUUUUCCCAGAAAAUUCGCCAUUUGUUUACCUUCACAAACUGAAAGUGUUAACGGGCCUGGAGCCCUCUUUUUCGGCGAUGGGCCCUACAAAUUCUUCUACGAAACGGAUUUAGCUUCUCUGUUAACUUUCACUCCGUUAGUAACAAACCCAGUUAGUACAGGCGCCACCUCUUUUCCCGGCGAGCCAUCAUCGGAGUAUUUCAUCAAAGUAAACCGACUUAGAAUCAACGAUAAAGUUGUACCCAUAAACCAAAACUUACUGUCAAUAGACGGAAAUGGUAACGGUGGAACCAAGCUUAGUACAACAAUCCCUUACACAUUAAUGGAAACUUCAAUCUACAAAGCUUUCAUUAGUAUUUUCGUUAACGAACUGAGAAUCACCAACGUUACCAUCGUUAAAACGAUCGCACCAUUUAAGGUUUGCGUAGACCCGAAUACGUUUCCCGGGUCAAGAGGGUCCGAUGGGGUUCCAUGGAUACAUUUUGAGUUGGCUGGCGCGAGUCAACCAUGGACGUUAAUCGGAGGAAACUCGUUUGUUCCGGUGAAGAAAGAUGUUUCUUGUCUUGCGAUUAUGGAUGGUGGGAAUAAGCCAAGAACAUCGAUUGUGAUUGGAGGGUAUCAAUUGGAGGAUAAUUUGGUGCAAAUUGAUUUGGCUCGAUCUAGAAUUGGGUUUAGUUCUUCUUUGAGGCUUUCUAGGACUAGUUGCUCCAUGUUUAAUUUCACUUCUAAGGCAUAAUUAAGGACUUAAUACGGAAGAUUAUGAAUUACUCUAGUGGUCUUUAAUACGUGAUAAAGUUUUUUUUUUUACCGUGUAAAAAAAAUAAUUUUUUCUUUUCUCAUAUCAUAUGUGUAAUCCUAUGCAAAAUAAAAAAGGGUUUAGUGUGAAAAUAAAAAAUAAUGUGAGUUGAUUGUUUGA